GCCGAGCGAGACGCUUCCAGAGGAGCCCGAGGAGGAGGAAGAGGACGCCUUUGACUGGGAGGGCGAAGAUGCUUGCGACCCGUACAAGGUGCUGCGCGUGGACAAAGAUGCUGACGACGAGACCAUCAGGCGAUCCUACAAGAAGCUGGCUUUGAAAUAUCAUUCCGACAAGAAUCAAGGCAGCGAGACCGCCCAGAAGCGAUUCCAGGCGAUCUCAGCAGCCUACGACAUUUUGCGGGACCCCGAGAAGAGGAAGGCCUACGACAAAGCGGCCGCACGAGCCAAAGCCCGGCAAAGCGAG